CCACAAUGCAGCGCGAGCGAGUGGGUAAAGCGCGCAUGCGCCCUACCCAAUCCCUCUUUGGACGUACGUCUCCACUGAAACGAUGGCCAAGCGUACCAAGAAGGUGGGGAUCGUUGGUAAAUAUGGCACACGUUAUGGUGCAUCGCUGAGGAAGAUGGUCAAGAAAAUUGAAAUCUCCCAGCACGCAAAAUACACCUGCUCUUUCUGUGGCAAGACCAAGAUGAAGAGGAGGGCAGUUGGUAUCUGGCACUGUGGGUCAUGCAUGAAAACCGUGGCUGGAGGUGCUUGGACUUACAACACAACUUCCGCUGUCACAGUCAAAUCUGCGAUCAGGAGACUGAAGGAGUUGAAGGACCAGUAAACCAAGUGCAACGAUCACUGGUGGAUUUGGGACUUUAUUUUGUAUAAUUUAACCGACCAGGACAUGGCCUCAACAUCCUAAAAUAAAUCAGUCUGGAGCGGAA